AUGUCGAUACCCGGCUCCGCAAACCAUACCGGCGACGUGCCACCUCCGCUGCCGCCGCCCAAAUACCCUCCUAUCGAAGGUCUUCCCGACGUCAGAGAUCCCCGAGAUUUUCGCCGGGCUGAGCCAGAUGACCCCUUUCCGGAGGACACCAGGCAACACUAUAAGAUGAGGGACAAUCCUUUCGGCCAUCACGACUCGGAUGAAGGAUAUCACAGUAUCGGCUCCGCUAGGACCCUAAACUCGCCGCGAUUCAGUAUGCAUCACGCCUACCGGUCAGCUCCUGACUCGGGGAUCGACAGCUCCAUGCUGAGCAAGCUGAACUCUAGGAGGUCGGUGGACAAUCGCUCACCGUCUCGGUGGACAAACCUCAGCGCGUCUGCUGUGGAUACGAGGCCAACCCGGCCUACGCCGAUGGAGCUGCCCAAGUUGCUCUCGCUCCCGGUUAGAUCGCGACACCUCCCCCAACCCAUUCUAGAUUCGCCCCAUCGCUUCACCCAGACACCAGUCGUCUCGGAAGCCUCUCCUCACAGCAACCCCUUUGGCCGUCACUCGGCCGACUACCGGUCACCGGUUGGCACAGAACCCGGUGAUCUCGAGCGGUCCCCGGACCCGCGAAGCACGAGGACAAACAGCGGAUCGUUGCCCGACGACUUUGCGAUACCCACACAGGGGAGUUAUGACAUGAGGGAUGACGAUGUGGACUUCCCCAUGGAGGAGACAUCCCGUCUCCGCAUGUUAAAGAUCGAGGAUACAAUACGGGAACGUGAGCGGGAAUUACGAGACCGGGGCCAGAAACGCCGUGCGUCCUCGCCACCAAGCGACGACCCACCGUUGCCGAGUGAUCUCUUCCGACGACGGGACGGGGCAGCCUGUGUCUCCCGAGGAUCCCCGACGCCGAGGCUAACGCCUAUGCCCCAGAGUUCCGUCUCGAGCGUUUCGUCGGCCGGGCGUAGUGCCAGCAGUUUCAUGGGCUUAACAACAGCCAGCAGCAUGACAAGUAUAGCGUCAUACGGGCAGAGAUCACCGCCGGGGCGUUCGCCAGUGUCGCCUACUGAUGUACCCAGUUAUGAAAGCCCAUUUGGAACCCACGGGAGCUUUGCCGCCCUCUCGCGUAGCUCGUCGAUGGGCCUUGCAGCCGCAAUCCAGCAGCAACAACACCAGAGGACACUCAGCGAUCUCCCCCCCGUAGCGCAAGGCAAUCGAGUUAUGGUGUCGCCAAGGAAGCUGACAGAGCCGCUGAAGAGCAACAACAGCAUCGCCACAAAGAUGCACGCCUUUCACAUGUGCGAAUGCUGUCCGAAGAAACCGAAGAAGUUUGAGACACGAGAAGAGUUGAUCGCCCACGAAGCUGAGAAGCAGUAUGAGUGUUCCUUCUGUGGUAACCGUUUUAAGAACAAGAACGAGGCAGAGCGGCAUCAAAAUUCGCUCCACGUUCGGCGGCACAGCUGGUCGUGCUCGGCUUUGACAGGAUACGAACGAGCCUUCCAUGAGAGCACGACACGACCUGGGGAGGCCGAUAGCUGCGGCUACUGCGGUGAGGAAUUUGCACGGACUGGGCCCCCUGGGCCACCAAACCAGGGGCGGUUCGCGAGCGAUCAGGAUUGGGAAGCUCGGAUUCGACACCUGCAGGAUAUACACAAGUUCAGGGAGUGCAAUUCGAGCAAGAAGUUCUACCGCGCCGACCAUUUCCGGCAGCACCUCAAACACAGCCAUGCUGGCACUAGUGGCAAGUGGACGAACAUGCUGGAGAACGCCUGCAUGAUGGAAGAAGACCCACCCGUGGGGGCCAGAUGA